CACAUUGUCUUGAACAUAAAGGUUAACUACCUGUCGUCUCCCAUUCCGGGCAGAACAGGGAACUGACUCUCACUAAGCAACUUUUUCUACGAAAUUACCCUUUUUGGUUCGCCUUUCAAAUCACAAAAGGCUGUUUUGCUUUCAAGCUUCAGUCUUGUAGAUAAUGGACUUCAAAGAUGAAGUGCAGAGAGUUAAAUCUGGGACUAAUCAGAUUGGAAAUUUCUGGCUUCGGCUAGUUUGGCAUUCUGUACAUCUUCUUGUGAGACUUUGGUAUCUUGGAGUUGGUGUAGCUAAUGUGAUCGAGAGCUAUUUGAUCUCUAGUGGACUGCUGAAGCGUUACAGAUCUAUUGAUGCUGGCAAGCUCCGGUAUCUUGCGAUUGUGAUAGAGAGCGAUGAUGCUUGCCGAAUUUCGAAAGUCAUUCAGCUUUUGCAAUGGCUACAAGUUAUUGGUGUCAAACAUUUAUGCCUCUAUGAUACAGAAGGAGUGCUCAAGAAAUCGAAGGAAUCCAUCUUAGCGAAGUUGAAAAAUGCAACAUUAUUUGAGGAAGCUGAUGAAAGAGAUUCGUUACUGGACCAGAAACACAUGACUCUGGAAUUUGCUUCAAUCUCAGAUGGAAAGGAAGCAGUGGCCAAGGGUGGCAAUGUACUUUUCAUGAAGUACUUGAAGCUGGCUAAUUCUGGUGCAGAACAGAAAGAACAGAUAUUCACAGAAGCUAACAUGACUGAGGCACUGAGAGCUGUAGGUUGUGGAGGGCCAGAACCUGAUCUGCUAUUAGUUUAUGGACCUGCAAGAUGCCAUCUAGGUUUCCCAGCUUGGAGAAUUCGAUAUACCGAGAUAGUACAUAUGGGACCCUUGAAGUCCGUGAGAUACGGUUCCCUGGUGAAGGCCAUUUACAAGUUCACCACAGUGCGGCAAAACUACGGAACAUGAACCUGCUACUUCGAGAGAUUGUUGUAAUGCCUCUGUCAAUGCAGACUAGUUUGUACACUCUCUCAUAUGUAAUCCGUGUUCAAUUUGACUAAUUAUAUUAGUUCAACGAGGCAUCUCUCUGUCUCCAUUUUUCCUCCUUCUCCUUGUAAGUCAACCACAACCUAAAUCAACCGCAGUUAGCUAUC